GCACACUGAGGCAGCGAAAGCUACAAAAGCAAACUGGAAAUCAGCUGUCUCAGAGAAUUUGUUGUUUCACUUGUAUUUUGUUUUGCGCGAUAAAAAGGGCCAUAAAUGCUUUUCCACCGCUAGAUAAAAUUGUUCGUGAGUGGCGCUGGCAGUUAACUGUGGAUCAUGGAGAGCUUGCAGGUGAACACGACCAGCGGCCCGGUGCGCGGAAAGCUGCGCAGAGGUGUCUACGGCGACGAGUACGUCAGCUUCGAGCGGAUUCCGUACGGCCAACCGCCGGUGGGUCCGCUCCGCUUCAGGGCACCGCUGCCCGUGGAACCCUGGUCCCAAGUGCUGGACUGCAGCACGCCGGGCAAGAAGCCACUCCAGUUCAACCAGUUUACCAAGCAGCUGGAGGGCGUCGAGGACUGUCUGUACCUUAAUGUCUACGCCAAGGAGCUCAACUCGGCGAGUCCUUUGCCGCUGAUCGUCUACUUUUUUGGCGGUGGCUUCGAGAAGGGCGACCCCACGAGGGAGCUGCACAGUCCUGACUACUUUAUGAUGCGCGACGUGGUCGUGGUGACGGUUUCCUAUCGCGUCGGUGCCCUCGGAUUUCUGAGCCUGCACGAUCCCGCUGUGGGAGUGCCCGGAAACGCUGGUCUCAAGGAUCAACUGCUGGCGCUGCAGUGGAUCAAGGGAAAUGCGGCUAAUUUCAAUGCGGAUCCCAACAAUGUGACCGCGUUUGGGGAAAGUGCCGGGGCCGCCUCAGUUCACUACCUGAUGCUCAAUCCCAGGGCAGAGGGUCUGUUCCACAAGGCCAUCAUGCAAUCGGGCAAUGUGCUCUGCUCCUGGGCCUUCUGUUCCACGGAGAACCUGCCCCAUCGGUUGGCUGUCAACUUGGGAAUGGAUAGUGGCGGGCAUGUGACCGACGCCAUGGUCUUGGACUACCUGCAGAGUGUGCCGGGGGAGAAACUCGUGCGACCGUAUCUCCUCACCGAAGCGGAGCUCCUGGACGACUGCUUCUUCCAGUUCGGACCCAUGGUGGAGCCCUAUAACACAGAGCACUGUGUGCUGCCCAAGCGGCCGCAGGAUCUGAUGCACACGGCCUGGGGAAACAGGAUACCGGUCCUGAUGAGCGGCACUUCCUUCGAGGGACUGCUGAUGUACCCCCGGGUGCAAAUGGCUCCGUUUUUGCUGACCAGCCUCAAGAAGGAACCGGAGCACAUGCUGCCGCUGAAUGUGAAGCGGAAUCUGCCCCAGGCACUGGCCCGACAUCAGGGCCAGCAGCUCCAGGAGACCCACUUCGGCGGAUGCGACCCCUCGUCCAUGUCGCCGGAAACCUUAAUCGCAUAUUGCGAGUACGCCAGCUACAAGGUCUUCUGGUAUCCGAUCCUGAGAACCCUGAAGUCCCGGCUCAGCAACUCAAAAGCGCCCACCUAUCUGUACCGCUUCGACUUCGACUCGCCCACGUUCAAUCACCAGCGAUUAAAGUACUGCGGCGACAAGUUACGCGGCGUGGCCCACGUCGAUGAUCACUCUUACCUGUGGUACGGCGACUUCUCCUGGAAGCUGGACAAGCACACGCCCGAGUUCCUGACCAUCGAGCGGAUGAUUGACAUGCUGACAAGCUUCGCCAGGACCUCGGAUCCGAACUGCAAGCUCAUCGAGGACCAGCUUCCGCGAGCCAAGGGAUGGAAGCCCCUGGGCAACGACUCCGCUUUGGAGUGCCUCAACAUCUCAGAGAACAUUAGGCUGAUGGAACUGCCGGAGCUGCAGAAGCUCAAAGUCUGGGAGAGUGUCUGCCAAUGAAAUUAAUGUCUUUAGAAUUUACAAUAAUAAUUAUAAUCAAA